AUGCCCGAACGGGUUCGCACCGUCUUCGUUGACGAAGACGCGGCACCUAUCGUCGAACAAGGAAAGCCACUGAAAUCGAACAAAAAGCCGAGUCCAGAGACUGGAGAGAGGCCAAGUGAUAACAAGGAAAAUGUCUCCAAAAAGAACAAGAAACGGAAGCGCGAUCAGCUCGCGGACGAAACUCGCCUGCACCGAACGAAGAAGUCGAACACCUCCGAGUCGCAAGCGGCUGCUGUUGAACAAAAUGAGAAUAGAAAAGAAGACGAGGCAGUAAAUAACUCUGGAGAAGCAACUAUCGCCAAAUCGCUCCCGAAAGACCAACCCGAGAAUCAAAAGCACAAGCGGAAGAAGCAUAGCCGACCUUUCAAAGACGAAGAGAACGGAAGAACCGCCUCGCUCAAGAAGAAAGCGCAAAUGCUCUAUGAGAUUCGCAAAAACCUGCCUAUUUUCGCGCACGGCGACGAAAUCCGACAACACCUCCGCAAGAACGACGUCAUGCUUUUGAUCGGUGAGACCGGUAGCGGAAAAAGUACGCAGAUUCCACAGUUUCUUGUUGACGAGUCGUGGUGCCGGCCGACAAAGACUACAAUCGUUCAGGAAAACGGGUCUAAAAAGGAAGCGGUUGUUGGUGGAUGCAUUGCUAUCACGCAGCCUCGACGUGUUGCUGCGAUCUCGCUCGCGCGGCGUGUGGCGGAGGAAAUGGGGACCCCGUUGGGAUCCUCGUCGCCGGCGAGUAAAGUUGGUUACUCGGUGCGGUUUGAUACAUCCGUAUCACCGAGCACAAGGGUGAAAUUUUUGACUGAGGGGAUGCUGCUGCAGGAGAUGCUGCAUGAUCCGUGGUUGACGAAGUACAGCGCCAUUGUUGUUGAUGAGGUCCACGAGCGGGGAGUCAAUGUUGACCUUGUCAUGGGGUUCUUGAGGAACCUUGUUUCUGGAAAGAGGGAGGGAAGGGGAGGUGUGCCGCUCAAGGCUGUGGUUAUGAGUGCUACGGCUGAUAUGGAGAGUCUACAAGAAUUUUUUGUGGAGGGAUACAAAGCUCGGGAAUUGCAGAAGGAAGAGAAGUCAGAGAAAGAUGGUAUCGCAGUGUGUCAUAUCAAGGGCCGUCAGUUUCCGGUCAAGACGAUAUAUUCGCCGGAACCCGUGCAUGACUUUGUUGAUGCUGCCCUAAAGGUCAUUUUCCAGAUCCACUAUAAAGAACCGAUUCCAGGCGACAUUCUGGUCUUCCUCACGGGACAGGAGACGGUUGAAGCGUUGGAAAAUCUGGUCAACGAGUAUGCCACAGGGAUGGACCCUUCAUUACCGAAGAUACAAGUUCUCCCACUUUUUGCAGCGCUUCCCCAAGCAGCUCAGCAGCGAGUCUUUGUCCCUGCGCCGCCACGCACCCGCAAGAUCAUUUUGGCUACGAAUAUUGCUGAAACUUCUGUGACUGUAUCUGGUGUGCGCUAUGUCGUGGAUUGUGGAAAGGCAAAGAUCAAGCAGUUCCGGACCCGGCUUGGAUUGGACUCGCUGCUUGUUAAGCCUAUCUCGAAAUCCGCUGCUAUCCAGCGCAAGGGUCGUGCUGGAAGAGAAGCGCCUGGCCAGUGCUACCGACUAUAUACAGAAAAAGACUACCUGGCACUAGAUGAGGUCAAUACGCCGGAGAUUCUACGGUGUGACCUCAGCCAGGCGAUACUCAACAUGAAGGCUCGAGGGGUCGACAAUGUCAUUGAGUUCCCAUUCCUGACACGGCCUCCACGAGAAGCUCUAGAGAAGGCGCUCCUCCAAUUACUGAGUAUCGAGGCCCUCGAUGAAACCGGCAAGAUCAGUGAGACCGGGUCGCACAUCGCCAAACUUCCGCUCACCCCGACGUUAGGCCGGGUGUUACUUGCCGCGUCCGACUUUGGACCGGAUUGUCUGACUGACGUUAUUGAUAUUAUAUCGUGUCUGAGUGUGGAGAACAUAUUUCUAAACACCACGUCAGAAGAGAAGAAAGAAGCGGCCGAGGCAGCUCGCCGCGAUCUAUACAGACGAGAAGGCGACCAUCUUACGAUGCUAGCGACAGUACGGGCCUACGCAUCGGAGAACACUGACCGGAAGGCAUGGGCUGAGCGACAUCUGGUCUCGCAUCGGGCGAUGCAGUCCGUCAUGGACGUCCGCAAGCAACUGACGGCUCAAUGCCGACAGGCCAAACUGCUUCCGAGUCCCACCGAGUCACGGGACUCAGACUCCUCGUCCAUCCGAGAACCGUCUCCUGUGUUCAUAUUGAAGAGCUUCCUGCGAGGGUUCGCUACAAACACCGCUCGCCUUGUCCCCGACGGUAGCUACCGCACGGUGGUGGGGAACCAGACAGUGGCAAUCCACCCAUCUAGUGUUCUCUUCGGGAAGAAGGUCGAGGCGAUCCUGUACAACGAAUUUGUGUUUACCAACCGCAGCUACGCGCGAGGGGUGAGUGCGGUGCAGAUGGAUUGGGUGGGAGAGGCUCUGGCGGGAGAGUGA